GACCCGAUUGAAGGCAUUGGUAGUUGUCAGCACGGAUUGGUUUGUCAUGGACCAACCAAAUUACUAACCCCACUAAAUGCAAAAAUCGAAUGGCAGUUUGAUUCCGACCGUGCCGUUCCCGACCGGGGUGCCUCCAAAUAACUUGUUUUCCACAGCGGCUGUACUGUGGAAACAUGAUCCCUGUGGGCGACCAGCGCCUGCUAGCUAGCUAAAGUCUCCAUUCUCAAACAAAGGGGUGAUGGAUAGCCUCAACAUCCAGCUAGCGGGAGGACUGUGACACUAAUUAGCUAUGGAGCAGUACACCACUGCCACAACUACAACUGGGGAGCAGAUAGUUGUGCAGACUGCCAAUGGACAGAUCCAACAACAGGUCCAAGGCCAGCCUCUGAUGGUCCAAGUGAGCGGCGGACAGCUUAUCACAUCGUCAGGGCAACCCAUCAUGGUGCAGGCCAUGUCGGGAGGUCAGGGCCAGACCAUCAUGCAGGUCCCAGUGUCUGGAGCCCAGGGCUUGCAACAGAUCCAACUUGUGCAGCCGGGCCAGAUCCAGCUGCAGGGCGGCCAGACUCUCCAGCUGCAGGGCCAGCAGGGUCAGCCCCAGCAGAUCAUCAUCCAGCAGCCCCAGACAGCCAUCACUGCUGGACAGAACCAGGGCCAGCAGAUCAGUGUACAGGGCCAGCAGGUGGCACAGACAGCAGACGGACAGACCAUUGUCUACCAGCCUGUCAAUGCUGAUGGCACCGUUCUGCAGCAGGGAAUGAUCACGAUUCCAGCAGCCAGCUUGGCAGGUGCCCAGAUUGUACAGGCUGGUGGUGCCAACACCAACACCACCAACAGUGGCCAAGGCACUGUGACCGUCACCCUGCCAGUCUCCGGCAACAUGGUCAAUGCAGGUGGAAUGGUCAUGGUAAGACCCUGCACAGAGAUGGUGCCUGGAGGUGGUGCAGUGCCCACUAUGCAGCGUAUUCCGCUGCCAGGAGCUGAAAUGCUUGAGGAGGAGCCUCUGUAUGUCAAUGCCAAGCAGUACCACCGCAUCCUUAAGCGAAGACAGGCUCGGGCCAAGCUGGAGGCUGAGGGCAAGAUCCCCAAAGAGAGGAGGAAAUACCUACAUGAAUCUCGCCACCGUCAUGCCAUGCAGCGUAAGCGGGGAGAUGGAGGCCGUUUCUUUUCACCUAAGGAGAAGGAAGAUAUGGCUUUGUCCUUGGCACAACAGCAGCAGGAUGUGGCCCAGGCAACAGAUGAGACAGUGGCUCAGAUGAUCAGAGUCUCAUAGCACUAUCACCAACAUAAAGCCUCCAUCUGUGAACUCCACCCUGCCUGAAACUUUUCACCCUAGCUAACACAUCUGCUGCACCUUCUCUUCCCACCCACCCUCGCACACCAACCUCUAGCUCACUACCUGGUCUCUUCUGUUACCCGCUCACUCCUUCAUUGGUCUUCCAAGGAGCUGGCCAUGUGGCCGCUGAGCCUGUGGACUCCUCUGAAGUGGAGGUUGCCUCCCCGCUCAGCUGACCCAGUCAGGCACUUAGGAGCAGCUUUGCUUUUCAUAAGGACAUAUUAUUUGGACAAUAGUGAAAUGUGAAGUUAUGUGGAACCAGGGCCGAACUCGUGGAAACCUUGGAAAUGACAGUAACGAAGCCAUACUCUGUCAGACCCUGGUCAGUCUAAAGGCUGAAUUUGUCACCAGUGGAUGCUUGUUGCUUUAAGUAUUUCUGGCAAAUGGUACAGCAUAGAGUUUUGUUUGUUCUUUUCAUAAAUGCAAUGAUAGUGGACACAUUUACAUGUGUAAAUUGAAUUUAUGAUACACUUGUGCCGUAUAUAUUUUAUGUGAUGUCCUGUAUGUUGAGAGUUUUUUCUUUUUUCUUUUCUUUUCUUUUCUUUUCUUUUUUUUAUUAUUUUGAACCAACGGGGGAAAAAGGCAAGUCCAACUUUAUCAUUGAGAAAAGACUGAAAUCUGAUACUGAUGUCAAAAAAUUGUAGUUUAUUUUUUCCCCCAGUGUGUACCAGCUGUUCUUACUAAGGUGCCCAAUUAUCUGGAUGUAUUUUAUAUGAUCUUUUUCAUGAUUAGACUCUGUAGAGCAAUAGAAGACUCAGUGUUGCAUCACAUUGUAUUCAUGUAGUGACUUAAUUCAUUGUCAAUCCACAUUAUUUAAACUGUAGAUAAGUUUUUUGUUUUUUUUUUACCCAAGUGAUGCAGUCCUACAUUUUUUUUUCUUUUUUUAAUGAAAAUGGUUGGACACUGAAUUCAUGGUAACUUGUGUUCAUUAAAUUUUAUCAUUGACUUAA